UCACUCAGUCUCACUUUGUGGCUGUCCCCCUCGCCUGGAACUCCCUUCGCCUUGCUCUGUCUCCUUUCUGGCUUCUCACUCUAGAACCGUCUGCGGACGCACUCAGACCCCUGCGUUUACUCGUCACCCCUCUGUCGCUGUCACCAUGACGCCUACCCCGCCGUUGUUCCUGCUGCUGCUCGGCCUCAUAGGGGCUCAAGCCACCAUCUCUGUGGACCUCCGCACGGCCGCCGCCAUGGCGGCAGGUUUGUGCAAAACUCGUCCCACAGACAUUGUGUUCAUCAUCGACAGCAGUCGGAGCGUUCGCCCUUCAGAGUUUGAGCAGGUCAAGGUCUUCCUGGCUAAGGUCAUUGAGGGGCUUGAUGUUGGACCCAACGCCACCCGUGUGGGAGUUGUCAACUACGCCAGCCGUGUCAAGAAUGAGGUGUCUCUGAAGACACACCGCACAAAAGCUGGACUGAUUAAAGCUGUGACCAAGAUCGAGCCCCUGUCCACUGGAACAAUGACCGGUCUGGCCAUCCAGUUUGCCCUGAAUGUGGCCUUCAGUGAGUUCGAGGGCGCUCGUGUAAAAUCUCCUGACAUCAGCAAGGUUGCCAUCAUUGUGACCGAUGGGCGCCCCCAGGACAACGUGAAGGAUGUGGCUCUGCGUGCUCGGGAUGCUGGUAUUGAGAUUUUCGCCAUCGGUGUGGGACGUGUGGACAUGAGCACCCUGAAGCAGAUGGCCAGUGAUCCCCUGGAUGACCAUGUGGACUACGUGGAGAGCUACAGCGUCAUCGAGAAGCUCACCAAGAAGUUCCAGGAAGCCUUCUGUGUGUCGGACCUGUGUGCCACUGGGGAUCAUGACUGCGAGCAGGUAUGCAUCAGCAGCCCAGGAUCAUACAAGUGUGCCUGCAAAGAUGGCUUUACCCUCAUGGACGAUGGUCGCAGCUGCAGUGCUUGCAGCAACUCGGCGACCGAUGUGGUGUUCCUGAUCGAUGGCUCUAAGAGUGUCCGUCCUGAGAACUUUGAGCUGGUCAAAAAAUGGAUCAACCAGAUCGUCGACAAACUGGACGUUUCUGACAGCAAGGCUCACGUUGGACUGGUGCAGUACUCCAGCUCAGUCAGACAGGAGUUCCCUCUGGGCCGCCACAACAACAAGAAAGACCUCAAGGAUGCUGUGAAGAAGAUGGCCUACAUGGAGAGGGGAACCAUGACAGGCCAGGCUCUCCGCUAUUUGACAGAUAACAGCUUCAGCUCCGGUCAGGGUGCCAGGCCUGGAGUUGCUAAGGUGGGCAUCGUCUUCACCGAUGGACGCAGCCAGGACUACAUUGGAGAUGCUGCCAAGAAGGCCAAGGAGCACGGUUUUAAGAUGUACGCUGUUGGAGUGGGCAACGCAGUGGAGGAUGAGCUGAAAGAGAUCGCCUCUGAGCCGACUGGAGAGCACUACUUCUACACUGCUGACUUCAAGGCUAUGACCCAGAUCGCCAAGAAGCUGCAGAUUAACAUCUGUGAAGAGGAGGACCCUUGCGAAUGCAACUCCCUCGUAAAGUUCCAAAAGAAAGUAGAAGAUGCCCUACAGGCACUAACAAAAAAAUUAGAGAGUAUGUCGAAGAGGAUCGCCUUGCUGGAGAACAAAAUCGUCUGAGGACUCACAUCCCACUCUUCCCUAUUAAUCUGCACACACACUAACGUACACACACAAACACACACAAACAAUUUUUACUUCCUGUAAAAUACUAAAGAGGAACCUGUGUGUAUGUGUGUGUGUGUGAACCCUGACCUCUGCUUGUAUCCUGACUCUCCCAAACCACCUCUGCUCCCUCCUCUCUCGGUCUUACCUCUUCCACCCUUGGGUCUCCUGGGACACGAAGCGCCGGUUGCCAUGGGGACCAUGCCUUUUGCGUGUGUGUGCACGCGCUCCGAAGGUCAUUCUCCAUAGCCAGCCUGUGUGUUUGUUAAUAAAAGUCUUCCCUCAUAGGGAAACGGUA